AUGUUUAACCAGGUAGUCAAAUACACCACUUCAGAGGAGAGUAUCUACACCGGUGAUCGUACACAUCAACACAUUUCACUUCAGUUCUGGGAAGAAAAUAGGAACUGGUGUGAUCGCGUGACAGGUGGUGGGGCUGCGUUCGUUUCCUGUGUUUUCUUGGUAUGGAGAAGUCUGUCGAUGACGUCAGCAAGAGCUGUGAACUUUCUUUCAUGUGUUUUUUGCUGUGAAUUUGAAGUGUGA